GUCAAAAUACCAUUCUCUGCUUACACAUGAAGAAAAUGGGAAUAGGUUCCUCACCAUUCUCUCCUCUCAUUUGCCCAGUCAUCUAUCUCCUCCUCCUCUACCUAUGAACAAAAUCCUCCUUUAAUUUUCUCUUCUUGUCUCAUGAGUAGCUAGAUGAUAAAAGAUUCAUCCUUCCCAUCAGCUUAAGCUCUUGGGAUAGACUAAUUAAGGUCGUCUUAGUUGUUUAUGGGGGCGGGAGUCUCGUGUUUUUUAAGAGAGGAUAAUGGAGAAUUGACUUCUCCGAUGAAACUUAAUCUCGGCGACCUACCGGAAAGUUGUGUUUCGGGUAUAUUUAUGUAUUUGGAUCCGCCGGAGAUUUGUAGAUUGGCUAGCUUAAACAGGGCUUUUCGUGGCGCUUCUUCUGCUGACUUUGUGUGGGAGUCAAAGCUGCCUUCCAAUUACAAGUUCCUUGCCAAGGCAAUUCUUGACCAAUCUCCGGAGACUUUGGGGAAGAAGGAGAUUUAUGCAAAGUUCUCCACACCCAAUUUCUUUGACGGAGGCACCAAGCAAGCAUGGUUGGAUAAGAGUAGUGGUAAGAUUUGCCUAUCAAUCUCAUACAAGGCGUUGAGAGUAACUGGUAUUGAUGAUCGGAGAUACUGGAGUCAUAUCGUGUCCGAGGAAUCCAGAUAUCAAGCAAUUGCCUAUCUUCAAAAAAUUUGGUGGUUUGAAGUGGUGGGUGAGGUAGAGUUUGAAUUCCCACCAGGAACAUAUAGCCUCUUCUUCAGGCUACAACUAGGCAAAUCCUCAAGAAGAUUUGGUAGGAGGGUUUGCAAUGUUGAUCAAGUCCAUGGCUGGAACAUUAAACCUGUCCGAUUCCAACUAUCAACAUCCAACGGCCACCGUGCUUCAUCGGAGUGUUACUUGCAUGAACCAGGUGAGUGGCAUCACUACCAUGUAGGUGAUUUUGUAGUGGAUGGCCCCAACACUCCAAUGAAGAUCAAGCUCUCCAUGAUGCAGAUUGAUUGUACACACACCAAAGGAGGUCUAUGUUUAGAUUCUGUGUUUAUAUACCCAAGUGAGAUUAGAGAAAGAUUCAAAUAGUUGUCAAUUAAGAUUUGAUUUGGAGUUGAGCAUAUGAAAGUCUUGUAGAACAACUUGGCAUUAGCAUAGUAGUUAUAUUUUCGGACUUAGAGGUGACAGAUCUUUCAGGUCAAGAGUUCCAAUUGGUAGAACGUAAUUCUUUGGGAUUUUUUGAGUUCUGUGGGCCGAUGGCAGGGGUCUACUUCUUAGAAGGGGGUUAAGAGCUUUAUUAUGAAUUUCAGCCCAGCCUUACUUGAGCAUUAAGUUUCGAAUCAGGACUAAAUCGUUGGCCCACUGUGCGUACAAAGUGGUCAUCCCAAAUUUAAAACUGACUCAAGAAUUACAAAGUGAUCGUUGGAUUAGAGUCUUUCCAUUUAAAAAAAAAUGUCUUGCAGGAAAAGUGGAUAAAGAUGGAUGGUGUUUUGUUUUUUUUCCCCUUUUGCCUUUUGUUCCACCAACUUUCUACAUUUGAAGCUAAGUUAUGUGCAAUGUGCAGCAUGCAGAUUUCUUCUGUUUUUGCUCUAGCACUGAGUGUUUAUUAAUUAGGACUUGUUGAGUGUUUUGUUAAAGGUGUUGAUCCUUGAUAGUGAGUGACUGCACACUAAGAUAAGAAUGAAAUGCUCCAACAUGAGAGUGAGAUGUCUAAAUCCCAUAUAGCUAAUUCAGUUGUGAAACGCACAGCAUGAGGUCACUUGGAGAGAUAAGGAAGUUUUUGGAGUGAUAAGGCAUAGAAUUAUCCCUCACAUGCUUACUAAUUGAAGUGAUAGGUCAAGUUCAAGUUCAUCUCUACUAAGAACAAAGUGAUGGCUUAGCUCAGCCUCAAUCAAAGGGUAUCUUGUUAGAUGGGUGCUACAGAUCGUGUCUUUCAACAAAUUCUCCAACAAAUUGAAGUGUGCUUAUCAUUGGUUACUACACCAACAACCAUCAUUCACCAGACGAUAAGAAGAGGAUCUUUCCCUUUGUUUUGAUGUUUUAUCUACUCAGUUUAUUAUUAAAUUGAGUUUGUAUAAAUAAAUGUAAAGAGCUACAUUGCACAGUAGUACAUUGAGUAAUACAAAUCCAUUCUACCA